UCAGGUGACCAAUGAAUAUUCGAAAAAUUGAGGACAAAAACAAAUCGCACGGCGGUGGGUAAAUCCGCAACGACGACGACGACGACUACGACCUUGAGAUCGAGCCGUAUGUGCUUGAUCCCAAGACCGUGAAGCCAAAGUCGCGAAAGCUGCGCGACAUGUUGCGCCUCUAGAGCCGGUCGACUAGCGAUCGCGACACGAAUUUCGUUGUAACUGCUGCUGCUUUUUUCGCAAAAUCGUGAAAUCGUCGUCGAUAUUGGCCCGCGUGUUACACGCGCAGCCUGACAUGAGUCGAGGCUGCAGGAGUCGGUGGUGUUGUCUCCAGAAAAAUAACGCAACCAUCCAAGCGAUAUAACCGCAGAGGUAUUUCUAGGAUAUUAUGGCGGAGAAGCAGAGUUCGCCGAGCGAGGCGGGCAUCGACGAGAAGCAGGGCCACGAGGCCGUUGCUACCGAUGCCGGUGUCGAAUCCAAGGACGAUCAACCGAUUCCGCCCGUGGCUGCCACGGAAGCAGCCGAUGAUCCAUCCAGUGCAAUCGAGCAAAAGAAAUCGGACGACAAUGGCAACGACGACAAAGAAGACGACGAAGCAUUGGACGACGGACAACGAUCGGCGGAGGUCAACAGCAAGCCGACGAGUCCCGUCGAUACGAUCGACAAGAGUGCUGCACUCGAAGAUAAAUCCGAUCGCGUCGAUGGAAUUACCGAGUCCGAGGCGGCGUCGAGUCCCACAAAAAUUGCUCUCGAGUCCAAUGACUCGUCGUGCAAGAAUGUUUCUGCAGAUAAAAGUGAUAAGAUCGAGCCGGUCGCGGGAUCCGAUCGCGCGACGCCGACGCGAGACACGACGACCGACCAGAAGAACUCGCCGAGCGAACAAAUUACUGCUGCUGUCGAGCAGAAGCAGCAGCAGCAGCAGCCCGUCGUUGACAAGGUCAACAAAACAGGAGCUUGUGCUGCAUCGCCGCAGGAAGAGAAGAAGGAGCUUGCGCCGAGCGCGGAGAAAUCUACCUUGCCGACGGCGGCUGCCGAGACUCAGCCGCUCCUGCCCGAGCGAGUCGCGCGUUGGGUCGAAAAGGCUGCGACGAGCAAAGAAGCCGUCGUCCUCGGCGAGAACAAAGACGGCAGCGGCAUCGAGGACGAUAACAAGGCCAUUGCCCUCGAUCAUGACGACGAAUCCGAGGCUCGGCUUCAGAUCGACGAGAGAGACGAGGAUGAGCCUUGCGAAAUUACCAAGAGAAGGCACAGCAGUGGGACCAGUGCUUCUUCCGAUAGCCAGAAAUCGCAGAAAGCCGCCACACACAUUAUAAGAAGAAGCAUCAGAUGCCUGAACAAGAUGCACACGAUGGAAGGAGACGAGAAGAAAGCGCAAGACUCGCCGGUGGAUCUGAAGCAGUGCGCCGCGGACGCCGAGCAAGAGCUCAACAACAAAUCGCCAAAAAUGCCACAGAGCCAGCAGAACGGCGCCGCGCUGCCCGAAGAGGCUGCCAGCGCCGAGCGGCUCAUCGGCAACGUGACCCUUAAAAAGGAACCGCGCGACUCGUACGAUGCCGGCAAGCAGCAUUCUCAGUCGUUUCAAGCGAAAUCGCCAAAGAUGCACGCCGAUCAAUCGAAGCUCGGCCGAGCCGGUGCCGGACAGCAGCAGCGAGGCAUCUCCACAAAGUCUUCCCCCUUCGAUGACUAUCAUCAUCAACAACAGCAACAACAGCUGACGUCUCCCUAUCGGGAAACGAGAAAGCGACGCUCGUUGGAGUCGAGCUGCCACGCCGUGCUGUCGGCCAACGGCAGCCCAAGCCCCAAGAAAUUCUGCACCGAUCAGCGCGAGCAGUACAUCAACUCGCUCAUCGGCUCGGACAAAUUCAACGCCGAGCAAUUGGCCGCCAGGGCCGAUCAGCUUCGCGCCGAAGUGCAGGACUUGGACGAGCUCGCGCGUGCCAAAGAGAUGGAGUGGAACGAGAUUUUGAGCAUGCGCAAACUCAAAGAAGAGGCGUAUCUGCGAAUCGAGCGCCGUCGACAGAUCAUGGGCUUCAUGGAGAGCAACGGCACCGACGCUGCCCUGCCUCUGGCCAGUCUCUCGCUGGCUCUGCAUCAUCAACAACAACAACAACAGCAGCAACAUCAGCAGCAGCAGCAGCAGCAGCAAGAGAUGAAAAAAGAGGAUCGCCAUUCUCGAGCGAGCAGCAAAGCCACUGCCAAUUAUCAUCCUCCAAACAAACAGCAGCAUCAACAACAGCCAAAUCAGCAGUUGCUCGAGAACGGACCAAAACAGCAGCAGCUGCUGGACCUACAGAAUUCCGAGCACAAUCGGCAGAUCGGCGAAGGCAGACAAGGGGCCAUCGUCGACGUGCGCUCCAUCAUCGCCGAUUACAGACUGCGCCAUCCCGCCGAGACCGUGCCCAAACGGUCAGUAAGGAAUUACCGUGAUUCUUCAUCAUCAUGCAUGUCACAACAAUUUUCCAACCCGAGCCAGCCGAUGGUAACAACGGCGGCCGCGUCGCCGCGCGAUUAUUCUUACAGUCGGGGCAGGAGAAUGAGAAAUUCCGUCAACGUCGGGCUCGGCGCCGGCGGGGCGAUGGUCGAGACUCUCGGCGGCAUGGAUUCAAGGCCAUCCAGCACCGAUUCCUGCAAGAGUAACACCAACAACCUCGUCGAUCCCAAUACCACCAUGAGCUUCAAAGACGUGUUGGUUCAGUUCGCCAAGCUCAGCCAACAACAAGGGGAGCCUAUAAAAACACCUCAAAAUUAUCCGGACGUGACUCUUCAUCCGGUUGUUCCGACUCCGACAACGGCGGCGGUCACUUCGUCACAGAGCUCUAAUCCGCCUAGCUCGGGUUCGCUUUUGCACGGAAUCCUCACAAAAUCCCAGUCGCCCAGGCCUACGACGUUUUCGCCGACUCUCGCUCGACUUCUCACGGCUCCGGAAAGAGAGAGAAAUUCUUCGGCUAGCAUAACGAAUCUUCAGCCAAGCAACGCACAUCUUGCACAUGCCUACCAAGGUGCCAAUCCAGUAUCCAUAAGUAACUUUUUGUCUUCUUCGAAGGCUCGGACUGAAAUUACAAUAACGCCAGUGGUCAACAAUAUGUCGCAAUCUCAGGCCAAUAACUUGAUUCACGUCGAUGAUGGCGACGAUGAAGUAAUUGAAGAGAAAGAUAGUAGACUAUCCAUGGGAGCUCGUGAUAACAAAGAAGAUAGAGAGGUUCCUCCUCGAUGCCAAGGUUGUCAUGAACGAACUGCUCAAUUCGUAUGCGCAGGUUGCGGGAAUCAGUGGUACUGUAGCCGAGAAUGUCAGGUUGCAGCUUGGGACGAUCAUUCUGAAGUAUGUUCUGGGUAGAAUUGAAAAUGAAAGCCAAAAAAUGUUAAAUUAAUCUAGUCAUAAAAAGCAGCGAAAAAAUAUACCCACGCAUAUUUUAUUGAUAUUUAUUAUCAAUAUAAAAAUUGAAUACGAUCAGUGUGCGUUUUAUAUUUUUACGAAUCUAAUCGUGAGAUUAGAAAAUUUAAGUGAAUACUUAGUCUGAACCAUAUUCAAAUAUCGAGCUUGACUAGACUUAACACGAUUUUCUUGGAUAACAGAAAAUUAAAAGUAAUCAUUUACUUAAUGAAUAAGGUUUUCUUUGUUACCCUUGUACGCCAUUUCAUUUAAAUAUAACAUCUUGAUGGUUGUAAAAUAAAUUAUUAACGCCACGAGGUCUUGAACGCGAAAGCAAUUCAAGAAAUGGCUUCAGCGCAUGUUGUAAUAUUUGUAUCUUACAUUUUUAAUUCAUUGUAAAUACUUAUCUUCAUUUUUACGAAAACAUAGCAUGAAAAUUAGGGGCCAUGGGUGAAAACAAAAGCAUUAGAAAUUAAUGAAAAUUUAGUAAUAUUGUUUCAAGGUCAAAGUCUUACAAAUACUUAUAUGCGUUAAAGUUAACUCGAACAUUUGCCAUUUUGCAUUGCCAAUCAUUUAUUUUACAUUCAAUUUCAAAUAAAUGUGUUGCACUAAUGAAACAUUAUGUUAAUUUGAUCAUCUUCAGAUAGAUUAUUAUAUUCAGAUUAAUCAUUUCCAUUUGAAUUUUGGUUUAGACUAGUUCAGUAUAUUGUGUAAAUAUAUAAAUUUUCAAUACAUGCUAAUGUGUAUAUAAAUAUAACUCAAACCAAAUAAGCUGUUUUUACACUAUUCUUGUUACCAAUAUUGAAAAUAAGAUUUGUAAAACAUCAAUUUAAAAAGUAAUUAACAUAUUUUUCAACAUCAACAAAUCAAGGUUUGAUGACUACUUAGCGAUUUAUGUAUCAUAAGGGUUUUUUCAUGUAAUGUUGUCUCAGACACAAUCAGUAGUCUAAAGUUCCUAAUAGGGAACAUAAAUGUAUACGUUAUACAUAUGUAAUUUACACACAUCUAUUUUUUCCUUCAUGGAAGUAAACUGAAAUAAAAUUUUUAAUCACGAACAUGAA